AUGUCUGAAGUUGGUAUUAUGGACUCCCUUGUUAUGCCUCAUAUACCUGCCGAGUUGUUGGAGUUGAUUCUAGAAGAGGUAAAGUCAAAAAUAUGGGAAAGGGGUGCCUUAUCUAUCGCUCCCUUCUUCCAGUUGUGAAAGAUUUCUGACUCGAUCCUCCUAUUGCCUUACCCCCUUCCCUGUUCUGCAGCUCUACGUUAUUUCCCCAUAUUCUAUUCCGACUUGCCGUCUGGCAUCAAAGGCCUUUUGCGAGCUCGCAACUCCUAUUCUAUUCCGCACCAUCACCCUUCACGCCGAGACGACGUUAGGGACCGACGAUAGCCUCCCCAAUUAUGUCUAUUUUGUUCUCCGGGAAGAUGGCACCCUAGGACUUCCUGACGGAGUGUUGCCCGACGUUGUGGACAUGGUUCGAGAUCAUACCGAACGCUCCAAAAGAAGGGAGGGAAAUAGGGCAAUUGCUUUGACCGAGCGCCUUCUUGAGCCUGUGGAGGAUUCAGAGGAUGCCGAGGAUCCGAGCCCAAGAGCAUCAAUAGUGCGAGAGCUCAUCGUGCAUAACGACAAGCCUCGAUCUGGACAAGGCAUAUUCACUGAACAAGACUAUGUCAAUGAAACUCGAGAUGUUUUUUCAGCGAUAGUGCGUCUGCUCGAAAAGAUGACCUCUCUGCGGGUACUGCGUUGGCAUUCGUACGAUACCCCAACAAGAGAGAUUAUUGAUGCCCUGGCGCAAAAUUGCCCAAAUUUGAAAGAGACCUACAUCUCGAGGCCCACAAAGUAUUUUCCUAGGUUUCAAACUGUCGGCUCUCCAUCGCCACCAAAAAUAUUUGAGCCAAUUCUUCAUACCUUAAAAUCUUUCCGAUGCAGUCUCCCCGAGGGAAGCGUUGAUAUUCUACACCAUGUCCUUGAGAACUGCAAGAACCUCGAGGCCCUUGGGAUAGCGUUUCCACCCACAGAUCCCUUAAGUACCGUCACCCCUCGGGGGGAGCCCUGGAGCUUGAGACUGAGAUCACUGGAACUGGCCACAGUGGGGUUCUUGAGCGGCGGCGCUGGCGCUGCGGCUCGUUUUUGCAGCUCUUUUGACCUCGGUGGGCUGGAAAGGCUCCGGCUCGAUAGGUGCAAUGAUAUACCCACUUUUCUGGAGGCGUUCUCCGCUACUGCUGGUAUUGAAAGCCUGAAACACCUUUCAAUUUGGACACUUUCUGAGCAGAACGAUAUGUCCCAAAUUAUGUCUUUUAUCAGCCAACUCGGUCAACUCCAGUCCACAGGAGGAUUGGAGUCAUUAGAACUUGUAGACCUCGGCGCCAAGAUAGACCUCGAAGCGAUCGGGAAAAAUAAAGAAUUGACGGUGCUCAGGGUGACCGAGUGGGAUGCAUUUAUCGGUCCUCCCAUACCCAAUCAUAUUGGCGGUGAUCAAAUCCUGGGGCCGACAAGAGGGCGAUUGUUAAACGCAAAAGAUAUUGAAAAUCUAGGGAGAAAUUGCAAAGAUAUAUUAGAAUUAUGGGUGGACGUCUCUCGUGGAACGGAGCUGGUAUGUUCACUUGCCCACCUACUCUCGUGCGCUGGGUUUAUGCCCUAUUUAGUCCCAGGUUAAUUAAUACUUUUUCCUCCCCUUAGGACGAGUCAAUAAUUAAUUCUUUUGGCUCUUUACCUGCAUUGGAGAGGCUCGGAUUGUGCUUUCAGCUUCCGUGGAGGCCCUUGGAAUCGUUGGGUAUCCGAGAGCAAAAUCCUUUGGAGACCGAGGAGGAUGUCAUGGUGUUGGAUCAACAGGCAAUUCUAAGGAUUGCCCAGCUUGUUCACUUGCGUGGUGCAACCAAUUUAAGAGAGAUUGAAGUCCAGGUAAGUUGAUGGGAAGCCGCAGCCACCAGACCUUAUCCUUUGCCCUUUCUCUAUUAAAUAUGUGUCGGAUUCACGGUGUUUUGUGACGCCGAUAUACCGGUAUCUGAGUCAUCAUGUGUUAAGCUCUUUUUGUGGAAAAUAGUACGGAUGCCGCAGCAAACCGGGAGAGCCACCGCAACGCCCGUGCUCAACUGCCGGUGGUGGAGGCAUGACAGUGUGGAGGAUCCAAAAGAAGGAGGACGACCUCCAGGUGGACUUGUUCAGAGAAGACCAACUGGUGAAUAGAUACGGUGUACCGAUAGCCUAUGCUUUUGAAGGAUGGAGUUAG